AUGACGCCUUUCUGCCGCGCAGACCCGAACGCGGACACGACGGGCUACCGGUUCUGGGAGAGCGGCUUCUGGGCGAGCCACCUCGAGCCGCGGCCGUACCACAUCUCGGCGCUCUUCGUCGUCGACCUCGCAGCCUUCCGGCAGCUCGGGGUCGGAGACACCUACCGCGACUCGUACCAGAGCCUCACGGCCGACCCGAGCUCGCUCGCCAACCUGGACCAGGACCUGCCCAACUACCUGCAGCGCGCGGUGCCCAUCUACUCGCUCCCCGAGGAGUGGCUCUGGCGCGGCACGCGGUGCGAGACGUGGUGCGGCAACGCCUCCAAGCCGCGCGCCAAGACCAUCGACCUCUGCAACAACCCGCUCACCAAGGAGCCCAAGCUCGAGCAAGCGCGGCGCAUCGGCGGCGAGCGGUGGCGACGAGUGGACGAGGAGCUGCAGGCGGCGCUCGCGGGAGGGAGCGCGAGCCGCGCAAAGGAAGAGCUCUGA